ACACAUAACACACACCUACACCCUUUGAAAUAUAAAAGAAGUGAUAUAUACAAGUUCCCUUUAUUCUACAUAAUAACCCUGUGUUGCAUUUGAGGAAUGAAAUUGCCCUUUGCUUCAUCCCAAAACAAUCUUAACUCUACCAACAAUAUCAAACACCAAGUGGUCCAAGUAACGGGUGGUGGUGGUGGCGGCGGUGUUGUUUGUAAUCGAUACGAGCCAAAGUCGGUACUAGACUUACGACGUAGUCCACCUAGCCCAAAUACGGGCAAGGCAUCCGAGUUUAAUAAUACAAGUGAUCAUCCUAGUACUAUUGUGUUUUCGUCAUCGGAUGAUCAUCAAUUCGAAGAAUGGGAUUCUUUAAUGAGAGAAUUAGGUCUUCAUGAUGAUUCCACUAAAUCCACUUAUCCACUUGAUCUUCCCGAGUUGCCGCCGAUUCACUCUGGAACGAGUGAGCCGGCGACAACAAUGUUUUUUCAUACGGAUUUUGAAAAUUUAAAUCCAAACCUUAACGCGCUAGAUUUCAUGAGCCAGGAUGAAGAGGAAAACAAUAAUAAUAACACUAACAAUAAUGGGAACGGGUUUGAUUACGUUGAUGAGCUAAUUAGGAUAGCUGAGUGUUUUGAAACUCGGUCUAUCCAGCUAGCUCAAGUGAUACUGGCGCGGCUCAAUCAAAGGUUGCGCUCCCCAACUGGCAAAGCGCUUCAACGAGCCGCUUUUUAUUUUAAGGAAGCACUUCAAAGUCUACUAACCGGGCCAACUAGAAUGACCCAGUCCUCUUCCUCAUCUGAAGUAGUACAAGCAAUUAAAGCAUACAAAACGUUUUCAAAUGUUUCUCCUAUUCCGAUGUUCUCAGACUUCACGGCUAACCAAGCUAUGCUCGAAGCCGUGGAAGGUGCGAUGAUCGUCCAUGUUAUUGAUUUUGAUAUUGGGUUAGGUGGUCAUUGGGCAUCUUUUUUGAAAGAGAUCGCGGAAAAAGCUGAGGCAAGAAAGGUUCAUUCUCCCACGGUUAGAAUAACUGCUAUCGUUCCAGAAGAAUAUGAAAUAGAAUCAAAAUUAAUAAGAGAUAACCUAUGGCAAUUUGCUAGAGGUUUGAAACUACGAUUCGAUAUUGAGUUUGUAUCUUUUCGUACUUUCGAGUACUUAUUGUUUAAAUCCAUCAAAUUUAUGGAUGGGGAAAAAACAGCGGUUCUCGUGUCAUCAACGGUUUUCCAUCGUAUCGGCGCAGGCUUUAUAAACGACAUGCGGCGAAUAUCACCACAUAUCGUUAUUUGUGUCGACGGGGAAGGUGUGAUGGGAGGAGAACCAUCGUUUUUCCGCCAGACAGUCAUAGAUGGUCUAGAAUUUUAUUCAACAUUAUUGGAAUCGCUAGAAGCGGCAAACGUUGGUGGCGGAGGCGGUGAUUGGAUUAGGAAGAUUGAGACGUUUGUAUUGCUCCCGAAGAUAACGGCAAUGGUUGAGGCUUCCGGCAGACAAGUGCCGUCGUGGAGGGAGGUGUUUGGGAGGGCCGGAAUGAAAGCCGUUGGGAUGAGUCAAUUUGCUGACUUUCAAGCUGAGUGUUUACUGAGAAGGGUCCAAGUCAGGGGGUUCCAUGUGGUCAAACGGCAAGCUGAGAUGGUGCUUUGUUGGCAUGAUAGACCACUUGUAGCCACCUCCGCAUGGAGGUUCUAGCACAUUAUUAUGAGUUAGUUUCAUUAAGAAAAAGGUUAAGGAAAAUAAUAGUGGGGAUACUAUAUGGUAGGUUUUUAAUUUUCUUUGUGGUAUAUUGUAAAAUAAACUCUAACUUGGGAAUUAAGGGAUAGUAGUAGUAGUAGCCUAGUAUUGUGGUGGUGUACUGUUUGUUGUAGAUGCAAAACAAAAAUACAUAUUUGCAAGGAAAAGAAUUUGAAGUAAUAUAUAUUUUUGAUUCAGGCUGUA